AUGCGGCGCAGCGGCUCCCGGAGCGCAGUCCUGGCCCCGGCCUCGGGGGCUCACGACGCCUGCCAGCUGAUGCGAGCCCCGCUGGGCCCGGACCCCGCGCCCAGGACCGUGCUGGGGGUGCUCACGUACAACGGGCAGUUCCGCAGGGCCUGCGGCCAGGGGGUCCCAGCCGACAGGUGCUUCUCGGGACCGGAAAAUGCCCUCCCUGCGGCUGGGAAGAAGGCAUUGGCUGACUGCACGCUCCACAUGCCGCCCAAGCAGGGCUUCGACAUCUACAUGGACGAGCCCGGCCCAGCGGACGGGGACAGCUGCCCGGGACCCGAGCCGCUGGUGGAGAUGGCCUUCGAGGAGGUGUACGAGGUGGACACGAGUGCACACAAGUCGGACCUGCACUUCCUGCUGGAUUUUAGCACAGUCUCCCCGAUGCUGGUGGAUGCCUCGCUCUACUCCCAGGCCGCAGAUGCCUCCAGCCUGGGCUCAGACGUGCUGGACGUGACGGAGUACGCCGAGGAGAUCCACCGGUACCUCCGGGAGGCGGAGGUCAGACACAGGCCCAAAGCCCACUACAUGAGGAAGCAGCCGGAUAUCACGGAGCGCAUGCGUGCCAUCCUGGUGGACUGGCUGGUGGAGGUCGGGGAGGAGUACAAGCUGCGAGCGGAGACGCUGUACCUGGCCGUCAACUUCCUGGACCGCUUCCUGUCCUGCAUGUCGGUCCUGAGGGGAAAGCUGCAGCUGGUGGGCACGGCCGCCAUCCUCCUGGCCGCGAAGUACGAGGAGAUCUACCCGCCCGAGGUGGACGAGUUCGUCUACAUCACGGACGACACGUACACCAAGCGGCAGCUCUUGCGUAUGGAGCACCUACUCCUGAAGGUGCUGGCCUUCGACCUGACGGUGCCCACCACCCACCAGUUCCUGCUGCAGUACCUGCAGAGGCAGGGCGUGUGCGUCCGCACCGAGAGCCUGGCCAAGUACGUGGCGGAGCUGAGCCUCCUUGAAGCGGACCCAUUCCUGAAAUACCUCCCAUCGCUGAUCGCCGCCGCAGCCUACUGCCUCGCCAACUACACCAUCAACAGGAGCUUCUGGCCGGAAGCCCUGGCUGCGUUCACAGGCUACUCGCUGAGUGAGAUCGGGCCCUGCCUGAGCGAGCUGCACAGAGCCUGCCUGGACAUGCCCCGCCGCCCUCAGCAAGCGAUCAGGGAGAAGUACAAGGCUUCCAAGUACAUGCAGGCGUCUCUCCUGGAGCCUCCUGCGGUCCUGCCCCUUCAGUGA